AUGGAGUGGGCUUCAAGCCUUUUCUCAAAUAUUUAUUCCGUCGAUGCUCAAGAUGAAUACGUCUAUAUGGUGCCCGGGCGUGCAAGUGGUAGCACUAAUGGUAUCUAUGUAUUUGUCGGUCGCGCUGGCACUGGAUUGGUCGAGUUUGGGUUUGCUCCAACCAGCCGUCCAUUUGGUCAGCCACAUGUACUUCGUGUUUCGCCGGACGGUCACAACAUAUUUGUUGGCGACAUUGCUCAGGGACAACCGACUCUUUGGAUAUUUAGGAUUCAACACGAUGGAGCUACUUUGCCCACGCAUGGCUCUUCAUUCUCGGGUGCGUUUCGCGCAGCGUCAGAGGCUCCUGGAGCUACCGGUAUCUUGGUUUCGCUAGCCUUUGCUGUACUAGUUGUUGGAUUCGUCGUGAUUCGGAGACGACGAUUAGCCUCUACUCGUGGGCAUGCGAAUUUUGAUAAGAAGGGAUUCAAGCCGCUUCGGACGGAGGAGACGGUUGGGUUCAUUAGCGACGGCUCAGAGACUGAAUAG